UCCCCAUCCAUUUUGGGUUUUGGAACCAAACUGCUUAAUCCUCAAAUCUUUAAUAUAUCACUCCAAAUUAAUUCACGCCAGUAAUAUAAUUGAAGUUUUCUCCCUUUCCUGUACCAAAUAGUUGCACACCAUCACACCAACCUACUCUGCAUAGUAGUUAGAAUUGGCACAGGCUAGCCAGUUAAACUAUCCAUAUUCAGUCUCAUUGUCUAUACUCAACAUACCUACAAUUCUUCUCGGGAACCAUUUAUUCACAUACCCUUUUCAAGAAUCAAGUUUCGAUCUACAGAAAGUGACAUUGGCGUGUGAAUUUGAGAAAUCUGCUUGCCCUCAACAACUGUUUCAGUCAAUUCUCAAUCAAACCUAAGUGAAAUCACGCCAGAUAUGAAAAUAUGCAAAAACAACCCAUGCUGCCCCUACCUCUAAUUAUCUCUUGCAUGUCUUCUCUUUUUAUAGCUUAAGAAAAAGGCAAAGAGGAUGAAACUUUGUUAUACCCUUUAGUGUUUGUUUUGGUUUGGGAUUUUUGUCUUUGUGCUUGUAUUUUUUCACUCAUACAUAAUCUUCACUCUGUUUUUCUCUCUUGCUGAGUAGUACUAGUGAGAGGGAUUUUUAGCACAUAUAUGAGUACAUUGGUUUUGUUAGUGGCUCGAGAGUCGAGGGUUGGGUUUGGUCCUUCCCUUUUCGGUUGAGGUCCUCCACUUUUUUUAAUUUUUUUGGGGGCUUGGGCGACUGAUAAUUUAUUCUCUCUUAUUUUGGCUUACACGUUGAAUCUUUGAAAGAGAUAAGAAAAAAGAGAGCCAUCUUUUUGCAUUUUGGGAGGUGGCCGAGCCUUUGUUGUUACACUUUUCAGGAUUCAGAUUCAGAUUCUGCAACUCUGCUUUCUGCCAAAAGAAUUCAUUCAAUUUAAGCCUUUUCUACAUAUUCAUUUCACUUUGCUGCCUCUUCUUUAAAAAUCUCCUCUCUUCUUCUACUAUCUUUUGUCUCUGAAUUCUCUGCAAAAAAAUUCAAACCACAUCGUUUUCUUUCUCAUUUUCUUUUAAGAAGAAAUGGGCACUACUCAAAUUUGCCACCUCUGCCAUAAAAGUAAACGUUUAAUAAUUUCCUUGCUGUUUCUCUUGCUUUCAAGCUCCACAUUCAUGGGUUUUGUAGCUCAAGGACGACAAGUUUCCAAGCUAACAGAAACUCCAGCACAGAAAGGAACUAUGGAUGAGAAGAUGGCGGUGAGAAGACAAGUAAUAGGGUCGACUCCACCAAGAUGUGAUAGAAGGUGCAAUUCUUGCGGUCACUGUGAAGCAGUUCAAGUGCCGGUAACAACAAGAUUUGUAAGCCGUAAGUCAAGAAUAUCGACCGCAAUCUCCAAUAUUGCAUACUAUAGAGGUGAUGGCGUGUCCAAUUAUAAGCCCAUGAGUUGGAAAUGCAAGUGUGGCAAUCUGAUUUUCAAUCCUUGAUUCAAACGACAAAAGGAAUUUUACAUCUAUUGUCAAGAAUAUAAAAAAUCAGAUCAAACUGUUUUUGUGCAUUGUGGAUAUGUAAUG